AUGGUGGGGCCCGAGGAUGCUGGCUCCUGUUCGGGAAGAAACCCCAAGUUGCUCCCUGUGCGGGCGCCGGAGCCAGUGGGCCAAGACGGGACGAUGAUUCGGGCCACUGGCGGCUUCGGCGGAGGCGUCGGCGCAGUGGAGCCACCGGAGGAGGAGGAGGAGGAGGAAGAGAAGGAGGAGACGCCGCCUCGUCGGCUCCUUCAGCGUUACCUUGCGGCGGCAGGGGGGCAACUGGAACCGGGUGUCUGCUACUGUCCGCUCUCCGCCGGCCAGGCCCACGCCCCGUCCCCCUCGGCAGCUGAGCGCUCGGGUGCCUGCCCGCUGGGCUCAGGCUCCAAGUGCCGAGGCACUGAGGUGGUGGUGACUGGCCGCGCGCCGCGGCACGGAGGCAUGACCAACGGGGACUCGGGCUUUCUGCCGGACCUGGAGGAGGCUCGCGGGCUGCCCCGUGCCGGCGGCCGUCUCCGCCUGGAAAGGCCUGGUGACGAGGGCGCCGACAGCGCGGGCAGCCCCUCCGACUGGGCCGCGCCGCUGGAGGACCCGCUGCGGAGCUGCUGCCUGGCGGCCACGGACACUAAAAACACUGACGGCUCAGGCAGCGACUCGGGGGGCAGCUCCAUAAGCCGCGGCAGCAGCGAGGACUUGGAGCACCCGGGAGCCGGCGAUGGGGGUCCGCAGGAGGGCGCAUCUCCCGCUGGCUCAGCCGAGAGGACUAGCGGGGGCGCGGGCGCGGAGUCGCGCCUGGGCUUCUUUGACGUUCACUUGAACUCUCGGAACACGUUCGAGGUGAGCCGCUGCCAGAGCGUCGGCGACCACCUGCCCCCGGCGGCGCCGCCGCAGCCCCAGCCCGCCGCAGAGCAGGGUCCCGGGGGCACCUCGGCCCGGGCUCGACGGAGCGGCGGCUUUGCCGAAUUCUUCGCCAGAAACCUUUUUCCAAAAAGAACGAAGGAAUUAAAAUCAGUUGUCCAUAGUGCUCCUGGUUGGAAAUUAUUUGGUAAAGUCCCUCCCAGAGAGAAUCUUCAGAAAACUUCCAAAAUCAUUCAGCAGGAGUAUGAAGCACGGACAGGGAGGACCUGUAAACCACCACCCCAGUCUUCAAGACGUAAGACUUUUGAAUUUGAGCCGCUUUCUACCACUGCCUUGAUUCUUGAGGAUCGGCCAUCAAACCUUCCUGCCAAAUCUGUGGAAGAAGCUCUACGCCACCGGCAAGAGUAUGAUGAGAUGGUGGCUGAGGCUAAAAAACGAGAAAUUAAAGAAGCACAUAAAAGAAAAAAAAUAAUGAAAGAACGAUUUAAGCAGGAAGAAAAUAUUGCCAGUGCAAUGGUAGUUUGGAUCAAUGAGAUUCUGCCCAACUGGGAAGCAAUGCGUAGUACAAGAAGAGUUCGAGAAUUGUGGUGGCAGGGAUUGCCCCCUAGUGUUCGUGGGAAAGUUUGGAGUCUAGCUGUAGGAAAUGAACUAAAUAUCACUCCUGAACUUUAUGAAAUCUUCCUCUCAAGAGCAAAGGAACGAUGGAAAAGUUUCAGUGAAACAAGUUCAGAAAAUGAUACAGAAGGUGUACCUGUUGCUGAUAGGGAGGCCAGUCUAGAGUUAAUUAAGCUGGACAUAUCUCGUACUUUUCCAUCUCUCUACAUCUUUCAGAAGGGUGGCCCAUAUCAUGAUGUCUUACAUAGUAUCUUAGGGGCAUAUACAUGCUACAGACCUGAUGUUGGUUAUGUCCAGGGAAUGUCCUUCAUUGCAGCGGUACUCAUUCUGAAUCUAGAAGAGGCUGAGGCCUUCAUUGCCUUCGCAAAUCUCCUCAAUAAGCCCUGCCAACUGGCCUUUUUCCGUGUGGAUCACAGCAUGAUGUUGAAAUAUUUUGCAACAUUUGAAGUGUUCUUUGAAGAAAAUCUCUCUAAACUGUUUCUUCAUUUCAAGUCUUACAGUCUUACACCAGACAUAUACUUGAUUGAUUGGAUCUUCACAUUGUAUAGCAAAUCACUACCACUUGAUCUGGCCUGUCGAGUCUGGGAUGUAUUUUGCAGAGACGGAGAGGAAUUUUUAUUUAGGACUGGAUUAGGAAUCCUUCGAUUAUAUGAAGAUAUUCUCCUACAGAUGGACUUUAUUCAUAUAGCACAGUUUCUCACUAAAUUGCCAGAAGAUAUCACAUCAGAAAAGCUGUUCAGCUGUAUUGCAGCUAUCCAGAUGCAGAAUAGUACCAAAAGAUGGACUCAGGUCUUUGCGUCUGUAAUGAAGGAUAUCAAAGAAGGAGACAAGAACAAUAGUCCUGCUCUGAAAAGCUAAUCUUCAAAAAUUAAAAAAACAAAGUGAAAUAUUAAAAAGCUUUUUUGUUAAAAUAUUUUUGUUUCCUAUGUAAAAAGCAUGUAGGAAAUUUUUGGAAAAAUCCAAAAGAAUCAAGAGAUGGAAAAUUGCAUAUUUUGAAUUCCAUGACUAAAGUAAUGAAAUGCUUAUUGACAGUAUUAUUAAAAUGUAUUUUGUAGGAGGAGCCAUUUUACAAAAGAAGAAGUUUAACUAGACAGUUCAUAUGCCAUAAUUCAGACUGAACAAUUUAAUGCAAUAAAUUUUUUAAAUAGUUUUGGAAAU